ACACACCAACACAAUGAUAGCUUGCCGCUUGUCUUCUUGAACCCUGGUGGCUAAACCCUAACCCACCACCUGAACUAAAACCCUAAUCAAUGGACCACCAAUGAAUGGAAGCUCACCCACCUAAUAUACCCGGACGAUGUUCAUCUUUCUUCGCAGUCUUGUCAUCAUGGGAACAAAAACCAGAUACCCUAAUCAUCGCGUAAGCUUCUUAUUAUCUUCACCAACAAAUUCACAAUCUUUAUUCAACCCCAAUAACAUCUACUAUUCCAAUUCUUCAUCACCCACAUCAUCAUCAUACACUUUCUUGUUUUGUUUCACCGGUUUUCUUUACUUUUUCCGAUCUUUUUCGAGCAAACCCAGUUGUGAAAACUUAGGGCACGGUCUUGAUCGUGAAUCUGUUUAUGAUAUUGUUAAGAAUGAGCGUUGGGAUGAUUGUAGGAUUAAAAAGUUGUUUGCUUCAGCUUUAGCCCCAAUUUGUGUUUCAAAUAUGUUAUUGCAGUUGAAAGAAGACCCAAUGUUAGCUUUAAAGUUGUUUAAGUUAGCGGAAAGUAGACCGGAUUUUCGACAUACAAGUGAGGGGUAUUGUAUUCUUGCUCACAUUUUGUUUUUUCAUAGAUGUUAUAGUGAUGCUCAUGGUGUUUUGAAAGAUUUGAUUAGUUCGAAUCUUGUUUUGCCCGGUUGGGAUGUGUUUGAUGUAAUGUGGGCGACUAGGGAUACUUGUCGGUUCGGUUGGGGGGUGUUCGACACGUUGUUUAACGUGUUGGUGGAGUUGGGGAGGUUUGAAGAGGCGAACGCGUGUUUUGAUAGAAUGAGAGCGUGUAAAGUUCUUCCAAAAGCGCGUUCGUGCAAUUUGCUUUUGGGGAGAUUGACGAAAGUGGGUAAAGGGGAGUUUUCGAAGAGGUUUUUUAAGAAUAUGAUUGGGGCUGGGGUUAAGCCUUCGGUGUUUACUUAUAAUAUUAUGAUUGACUAUUUGUGUAAAGAGGGUGAUAUGGAAGGUGCGCAAAGGCUUUAUUCCAAUAUGAAGUUGUUAAACGUUACACCGGAUGUUGUUACUUAUAACACGCUUAUAGAUGGGCAUGGUAAGCUUGGGCAGUUAACCGAAUCAGUUUGUAUGUAUAACGCUAUGAAAAGUAGUGGCUGCCGUCCAGACGUAAUCACGUACAAUGCAUUGAUUAACUGUUUCUGUAAGUUUGGGAAAAUGCCACAAGCGUUUGAGUAUCUUCAUUACAUGAAGAAAAACGGGUUAAAACCGAACGUUGUAACUUACAGCACUUUUAUCGAUGCUUUCUGUAAAGAAGGAAUGUUGCAAGAAGCAAUCAAGUUUUUCAUGGAUAUGAGACGUGUUGGCCUUUUUCCCAAUGAGUUCACGUAUACUUCUUUAGUUGAUGCAAACUGUAAAGCGGGUUGUAUUGCCGAAGCUGUGCGGUUGAUUAAAGAAAUGUCCGAGGCAGGUAUUACAGUUAAUACCGUUACUUGUACAGCAUUACUUGAUGGUCUAUGUAAAGAAGGUAAAAUGAAGGAAGCCGGUGAGUUUUUCGAAGAAAUGGUUAAAACCGGUAUAACACCAAAUUUAGAAAGCUACACGACGCUUUUUCACGGGUACAUAAAAAACAAAAACACUAGUAAAGCUAUCGAUGUUUGGGAACAAAUGGAAUCUAAAAGCAUUAAACCCGACUUGUUGCUAUACGGCACUCUUGUUCUUCGACUCUGCAACGACAAAAAGUUUGAAGAUGCUAAGGUUGUACUUACGGAAAUGAAGAAAAGCGGUACGGAUACAAAUUUUGUGAUUUACACGACAAUUAUGGAUGCGUAUUUUAAAUCGGGACUACGAAAAGAAGCUCUUGAUUUGUUUCAAGAGAUGAAUGAUAUCGGUAUGGCCCCAUCGAUUGUGACAUACAGUGUGUUAAUUGACGGUUUGUGCAAACUUGGAUAUGUCGAAGAGGGUCUAGAAUUUUUUUAUAAAAUGUUGGAUGCUCGACUAAUACCGAAUAUCAUUGUGUAUACAGCUCUCAUUGACGGGCUUUGUAAAAAUGAUCGGUUAGAAAUCGCCAUGAAACUGUUUGAUGACAUGAGUGAAAAGGGUUUGAUUCCGGAUAUUACUGCUUACACGUGUUUGAUUGAUGGGAACUUAAAAAAUGGGAAUGUUAAAGAAGCAAUGAAUUUGAGGGAUAGAAUGGUAAAAAGUGGUGUAAAGCUUGAUCUUUACGCGUACACUGCUCUGAUCUGUGGGCUUUGUAAAUGUGAUCAAAUUUUGGAAGCGAGAAAUAUUUUUAAUGAGAUGAUUACAAACAAUGUUCAUCCGGAUGAUAUUAUUUACGGCUGUCUUGUAAAGAAGUAUAAUGAGCUCGGUAAUACCCGAGAAGCAGAGGAUUUGCAAAAUGAGAUGAUCGGAAGACAACUUAUGAAUGGUGUUAGUGAGAAAAUGGGGGCUAGGGUUCCGGUGCAACAGUACAAUUUGAGAUCGGCUGAUUCGUAUAUAGACGAGACUUCUUUGCAUGAUCUGAAUACUGUGGAUGGACGUGGUGAGAUUAUUGAACCCAUGGUUGACCGCGAUGCAGUUACCGAUGGGAGCUUGGACAAUGAAGAUGACUCUGGUGCUGUUGAAUGCAUGCAUGAGAGCUAUCAGAAUAGUUUACCACUUCAUAAUGUAGGGGUGGAGGGAGGUCACUCAAGUCUUGAUACUAGUGGGUCAUCAAGGGAUUCGUAUAAUAUUUUAUCAGUCAAUGAUAUUUCACCAGUAGAAACAGCAAGAGCAAGAUUUCUGGAUUUCAUUGUGGAUACUUUCAUUGGUUCACAUGUUGUUGAAGUAACAGAUUCUGAGACUGAUAUGUCUCAAUCUGUGGAAGAUAAAACGAGCAAGAGAAAGACAAGAGACAUUCAAUAUGAAGGUGAUCCACAGUUUGUACUGCCGUUAAUGUAUGUGGCAAACGUGUACGAAACUUUGGUUAAUGAAGUAAAUAUGAGGCUUGCUUCACUGGAUGGCAUGCGUGAAAAGACGAUUGGAGUAGCACUUGAAGCUGCUGGUGGUCUGUAUAGGAAGCUAGCAAAGAAAUUUCCUAGAAAAGGAGCUUGCACAUUCAAAAGACGGGAGCUAGCAACAUCUUUUGAAACACGAUCAAGGUUUCCUGAAUUAGUGAUACAAGAAGAGAAACGAGUUCGUUUCGUUGUAGUCAAUGGUUUGGAUAUCAUCGAAAAGCCAACAAUUACACAUACAGAUGAUGCAGAGUGGUUUAAGAGGUUGACUGGUAGAAGUGAUGUAGCUAUCUCUCCUGUUGACUACAAGUUUUACGCCCCAAGGCACAAAUACAGGCGCACUGGUUCCAACUCUGUUUCAAGCAUUCCUGGUUUUCCAACAUUUCCUGGUGCUGAUAAUUCUUCUCAAAUGUCUGUUGCUCAAGGCUAUCAACCGCAUAGUCAGCAACAGACACCAUCAAAACAGCAUAUGCAAAGUCUUCCACACCAGGGUCAAUUUCAUAUGGUGAAUCCAAACCACCAAUCUAUGGGCCAUGGUCAAUAUUCUCAACACAAUCAAUGUGGUUCAGAGAUUGGGCACACACAAGGUUCAUCUACCAUGUCUCAACAGAUGGCUUGUUUACAACCACUUGGUCACCUUGGAGGUCGCUUGCAUGUACUGCCAACAAGCCCUGCAAAGUUUUGUGAUGAAUGUGGUGCUCCAUAUUUGCGGGAAACUUCCAAGUUCUGCUCAGAAUGCGGUGUCAAGAGGCUGGGAACGUAAUGUUUUUUCCAGGCAGGGUAUAUGUAUAUUGUAGUAAGAGCUUGUAUGUAUAGUUAAAAGGUUGCUACAUGUAUGUGGCACUGGAUUUCAAGUUUCUUGUUUCUUGACUAGUUGACUGGUAGCAUUAGUUUGUUGUAAUGUUGUGUUUUGGAAUUCAGACAUAACAUUAUGAUUGUUUUUACUUUUUU